GAUAAAACGUUUUUUUUAAAGAAAAUUUGUGAACAGUUUGAAAAAUACUAAGUUUAGUUUCAUUUUCCUGACGUUCCCUACAAUUUGACGUCUCACUUUAAAAAUUUCCACUGCAUUGUAUUUUUGACACUAGUGACGUAGCUAAACCAACCAAUCACAGUUCGACAGGUUCAGUUAUACUUUAAUAAAAACUUAGAUACCGUUGCUGCUCACUCUUUAAGAUGAAAUCACAAAUUUUAUUUGCAACAAUUUGCUUCGUUUUGUUUGCUCACACGUUAUCGCUGAAAGACGAUGAAUGUGAAGUUUGUGUUAAGACUAUAAACACAUUUGCGGCGACUUUGGAUGAUGCCACAAAGAAAGACUAUAAAUUGAUUGAAAAUGAAUUCAAAACAUUCUGUAAAAAACAAAAAAAUAAAGAACACAGAUUCUGUUACUAUUUGGGUGGUCUGGAAGAAUCAGCUACUGGUAUUUUGAAUGAACUUAGCAAGCCAAUAAGUUGGUCGAUGCCUGCAGAAAAAAUUUGUGAAAAACUUAAAAAAAAGGAUGCUCAAGUUUGUGAUUUACGUUACGAGAAACAAAUUGAUUUAAAUGCAGUUGAUUUAAAGAAACUAAAGGUACGUGAUCUUAAGAAAAUCUUAAAUGACUGGGAUGAAACCUGCGAAGGAUGUUUGGAAAAGACAGAUUUUAUUAAGAGAAUAGAAGAAUUGAAGCCAAAGUACGUACGCAGUGAUUUAUAAGAUUGAUUUAAUUAGUUGAUUGAUCAGCUGUAGUUUCUUAAAACUUAAAUUAAGUUAAUAUAAACUUGUUCUGCGACUCAUUUUAUUAGCACUGUUCACACAUAGUUAAGUAAAAAGUAACAAAUAUAUUUAUUUUAAUUUACCAUAAA